AAAGGUAAUUGAAACCAAUCCUAAGCUCUUUUUAUCUCCGCCCUAAAGGAAUAAAGCAAUUAAAGUAAACCCAACCUAAAUCAAGGUUAAAGAGAGGGAUUCAUGGCUAGAUCUUACCAGAAAAAUCGAGAAGCUCUCCACCGGUAAGAGCAGCUCACGGACAGGGGAAGAAGAGCAGACCAGAUCUGGAAAAUUCUGGGUUUAAUAGGUGUUCUAGAACAAGAAAUUAGGGAGAAAUCCCCCAGCUUUGCCGAUGUUCCCGGCCGGAAAUGGGUGGCGGUAACAGGGGGGCUCGUCGGGUUGCAGAGGGUCGGGGGAGAGGAAGAGCAGGGCAUGCGGUGUAUUUGGAGUGGGAAAAGAAGUUGGAAUUGGUGUUUGAUGGCCAUAACUAUUCUGAGGAGAAAAAAGUGAAACUAGAAGCGGUGGAAUUUACUGGUUACGCUAUGGGCCCUACUAGAGGGUCCAAAAGCAUUGAGGAUUAUCACAAAGAGAUGGAAAUCGCAAUGCAUUAUGUGGAAUUAGAAGAUAUGGUGCAUAUGGCGAUGAAAGUAGAACGGCAACUCAAGCAUAAAGAAGCCACCACCAGAACUGGGCAAAAUUCAGGUUCCUCCUAUUCUUGGAAACUGAAUUGGAGCAAAAAGGAAGAAAAUUAUGCUUUUAAGCCUAAAACUCCAGCAUCUAAGUCAAAAGAAGUUAAUAGCAAUGAGAAGAGUAAAACAGAUAAUACGCAAGAAGAUGGAGAAAUUGAAACCACGAGUGAAUCUGAUGAUGAAUCUAUGCCACCAUUAGAAGAUGCUAAUGAUAGUGUGGGAUAUGCCGUUGAUGGAGAACUGCUCGUCACCAAGCAAGCUUUGAAUGUGCAAGCCAAAGAAGAUGAUGAAGUACAAUGUGACAAUAUCUUUCACAUGAAGUGCCAUGUCAAAAAUAAGGUAUGUAGUGUGAUUAUUGAUGGUGGUAGUUUUACUAAUGUAGCCAACAUUGUUUUGGUUGAAAAGCUUAAUUUACCUAUGACGAAGCAUCCAAGGCCAUAUAAGCUGCAAUAGCUAAACGAUUGUAGAGAAAUCAAGGUAAAUAAACAAGUUCUGGUUUCAUUCUCUAUUGGACGAUAUAAGAAUGAGGUACUUUGUGACGUGGUUCCUAUGCAUGCUGGAUAUUUACUUUUAGGGAGACCAUGGCUAUAUGAUAAGAGGACAGCACAUGAUGGCUUCAAAAAUCACUAUUCAUUUGGCAUGGAGGGGAAAACAAUUACUCUUGCACCAUUGAGUCCAAGGUAGGUUUAUAAAGAUCAACUAAGAGU